AAUUUCAGGAUGGGUGAUCUUCCGGGAAGUGAUUAUCGGAACUGUGUGGGUGAGGACAAAACAUAGAAAAAGAUUAUGUGGUGAUUUGUAGGGUUGGUAACAAGUCUUUAAAGCCUCCCAGAUGUAGCGGACCGGCCAUCAGAAGAUGGUGGGCCCAUGGACCUAGAGAGAACGUGGGCCCAUGGACCUAGAGAUGACGUAGGAUCCAUUAAUAGAGAUGGCGGUCAGGGCGUUACAAUAUCACUCGUAAAUCUUUCCUCAUCAAUGUUCUUAUCUCAAAAUCUAGAUCAGUAUUAACUAAAAUUUACGAAUGCAACACUAUUUACCGAUAUUUCCUUGUUUGCUAAACUAGCAACUAUAAACUCACAUCUCGUCAGGCUUAUCCUUAUAUUUUUCACCAAUCUUCUUGAUGAAGUUUUACAAAUCCUAACAUCUCUCGUAGAUACAAGAAGAUGAAGAUGAAUAACACUAUUUGUACAUUCAAUUUAAUUCUAAACCAAAUUAUAACUCCUAUGCGUACAUCACCUAGUCGUAUUUGUUCUUACUAAAUUAGGUGUGUGAUAACUAUUGAUUGUCAGAGAAAGAAAAAUAAUAGUAAAAAUUGUUAUAGAAAUAGAAAAGUCAGGAAGUUGCAUCAAUAGGCAUUUUUUUUUUCAUUUUUUUUACAUUGGCGUAAAUAGUUUGGGAUUUUAUGAUCUCUCUGCCUCCUCUCUGUCAAACCUUUGAAGGAUUUUUUUUUCUUGUUUGUCGGAAAAACUGUCCGGCAAUUCUUGUAGCAACGACAAAAUAGAGAGAUCCUGGGAUCAAAACCAAUCAUCUAUACUAUUUUUCGCCCCGGAGGAGGUAGUUGAAGAAACGUUCUGGAUAAAAAGGAGAAGAGAAUAUGGCAAAGGCCCCCUCCUCAACGAAUCAGGAAGAGACACCUUCCUUGUCUUCUCCUCGACUGAGGGACCACAAUAAAACAAUGACGUCCGAGAUAGAUGAUCCGGAGAAAGCAGCGGUUACAAUCACACGUCUCAUCGAGCAGCUUCAUGCCAAGAAAUCAUCGGCGCAAGAGAAAGAGCUUAGCACCGCUCGGCUUCUUGGUUUAGCCAAGGGUAAAAAAGAAUCUAGAAAGAUCAUUAGCCAGAACGUGAACGCCAUGCCUGCCUUUAUAUCACUUCUCAGGAAUGGAACCCUCUUGGCAAAACUCAAUUCCGCUUCAGUCCUGACCGUUCUAUGCAAAGACAAAAACGUUCGUUCUAAAGUACUGAUAGGCGGAUGCAUCCCGCCGUUGUUGUCACUUUUGAAAUCUGACUCGGUGGAUGCAAGAAGAGCUGCGGCCGAGGCCAUAUAUGAAGUUUCCUUGUGUGGACUGGAUGGUGAUAGUGUAGGUACUAAAAUAUUUGUCACAGAAGGCGUGGUACCGAAUUUGUGGGAUCAGUUAAAGACGAAGAAAAAGCAGGACAAGACAGUGGAAGGACAUUUGGUUGGGGCUUUGAGAAAUCUUUGCGGUGAUAGAGACGGGUUUUGGGCAAUUACACUUGAAGAUGGUGGAGUCGAUAUCAUCUUAAAGCUUCUACAGUCUAGUAACCCGGUAUCUCAAUCAAACGCAGCUUCUCUCUUAGCCCGUCUUAUUAGGAUUUUCACUAGUAGCAUCUCAAAAAUAGUAGAGUCAGGUGCUGUGCAAGUUCUGGUUCCGCUUCUAGGUGAGGAAAACAGCGUUUUCGUACGUGCCAGUGUAGUCAAUGCUAUAGAAGCCAUCAUAUCAGCUAAAAUUGUGGCAAGAGAUUUGGAUGGGAUCCACCUUCUGAUUAGCACAGUGGUUGCUUCGUCUAAAGAGUCAGUGGAUGAGGAAACUGAACGCGUCUUACAAAGUUAUGGGACACAAGCUUUAGCAAACUUAUGCGGAGGAAUGUCUGGUUUGAUAGUGUAUCUUGGACGGCUAUCUUUGUCUCCACGCCUCACUGAGCCCAUCGCUGAUAUUCUUGGAGCUGUUGCUUAUGCUCUGAGGAAGUUUCAGCUAAGUUGUGGUGAUGCUAGAGAAACUUUUGAUCCAACACUAACAGAAGGAAUACUAGUGAAACUACUGAAGCCCCGGGAUACUCAAUUGAUCCAAGAACGUAUCUUGGAGGCUAUGGCAAGUCUAUACGGAAACGCUGAUCUAUCAAAAUUACUCAACAAUGUGGAGGCUAAGAGGGUUUUAGUUGGUCUAACAAUCUUGGCCACAGCUGGUCCACGCGAGCGGAUGAUAACUUGUUUGUCAAAUUUAUGCAAACAUGGGAAUGUUUGGGAUGCUAUUGGGAAGAGAGAAGGAAUCCAAAUCCUCAUACCGUAUCUUGGGUUGUCCAGCGAACAACAUCAAGAACUGUCUGUUGAGUUCUUAGCGAUCUUGACUGACAAGGUCGAAGAAAGUAGAUGGGCUGUUACUUCUGCAGGCGGAAUUCCUCCAUUAUUACAGAUACUAGAGACUGGUGUGUCUCAAAAAGCAAAGGAGGAUGCGGUCCGUGUAAUUUGGAACCUAUGUUGUCACAGCGAGGAAAUUCGUCUAUGUGUGGAGAAAGCAGGAGCUAUUCCCGCACUUUUAGGGCUUCUAAAGAACGGUGGACCAAAAUCCCAAGAGAGCUCAGCAAAUACGCUUUUGAAACUGAUUAAAACAGCUGAUCCAAGAGUUAUCGAGCAAGUACAGGCUUUGUUUCUUGGAGAUGCUCCUAAAUCAAAGGCUCAUUUGAUAAGAGUUCUAGGCCAUGUUCUUGCAUCGGCUUCUUUGGAGGAUUUUGUCACCAAGGGUUCUGCAGCUAAUAAUGGAUUGAGGUCUCUUGUCCAGAGACUUGCCUCUUCAAACGAGAAGAUGAAAGAGAACGCAGCUUCUGUCUUGGCUGAUCUAUUCAGUUCAAGAAAUGACCUUUGUGGCGGUCUUGGAUUUGAUGAGGAUGAUAAUCCGUGCACAAAGCUUUUAAGCGGAAACACUCACGCUGUUGCAACGCAGUUAGCGCAUGCCCUGGGCUCUCUAUCCAAUCCAACAAAGAAAAAAACUGGCCCAAAGAAGUUAUCCGGUCCAGAAGUCGAAGUGAUCAAACCAUUGAUAAAGUCAGCAAAAACAAACCCAAUCGAGUCAACAGAGAAUCCCAUGUCCACUCUUGCGAACCUUCUUUCUGACCCAAAUGUUGCAGCCGAAGCGUUAAAUGAUGAUGUUGUUUCUGCUUUGACUAGAGUACUGAGAGAAGGAACACUGCAAGGUAAGAGAAAUGCUUCACAUGCUCUUCAUCAAUUACUGAAGCAUUUCCAGGUCAGUGAUGUGUUCAAAGGAAACGACCAAUGUCGAUUUGCUGUUUCUGAACUCAUUGAUCUCUUAAACGCAACUGACCUGAACAAUAGCGCUUUCAUCGACGUCUUAGAAGUACUCUCUUUACUAGCCAAAGCUAAAUAUGGUGCUAACUUGUCCCAUAACCCCUUUUCUGCAUUCGCUGGAGUUCCUUCAAAUUUAGACUCUCUUGUCCGCGGUGUGGCUGAAGGUCAUCCAUUGGUGCAAGAUAAAGCAAUAGAGAUUUUGUCUCGCUUCUGCAAGACACAGUUUGUCUUGUUAGGUCAACUUUUGGUGACACAAUCAAAAUCAAUUUCUUCAUUGGCUAACAGAACAAUCAACUCAUCAAGUCCUGAAAUAAAAGUCGGAGGGGCUAUGCUGCUUGUGUGUGCAGCAAAGAACGAUAAGAAAUUAUGGGCGGAAGCAAUUGAACGAACAGGGUAUUUGAAAAGCUUAGUAAACACUCUUCUUGAUAUGUCAAAGCAGAACUCUAAAUGUGCUUCAUAUGGAAUUGAAAUUCAAAGACCAAGAUCUUUCAUUACAAUCAAUUUGUGCUUACGGAUGGAUGACUCCGAAAUGGUUGAUCCAGUUACUGUCUUGGGAAGCACCGUCUCAAUGUGGUUACUCUCCAUUAUUUGCUCUUCUCAUCCUACGAACAGACUUGUUGUCAUGGAAGCCAAUGGACUUGAAAUUAUUGCAGAAAAGCUUCAAAGAAACAAGUCCAACACACAGGAGAAUACCUCAGAUUCCGAGGAAAAAUGGAUUGCUAUGUCAUUCUUAGCUGUUAUGUCUCAGGAACCAAAUGUUGUCUCAUCUCCAGCAACAGAAAAUCUUUUGCCAACACUAGCACCUUUCAUGCAAUCUGAUCAGAUGAUUGACGGAUAUUUUACUGCACAAGUGUUGGCAGGGUUAGUUCGUCAUAAGAAUGAUAGGAUCAUUUCAGAAAUCAUGAAUUCAGAUAUCGUAGAAACUACGAUAAACUUGGUAGGGUGUGCGGAAUCAGACACAGGGAGUUUUUGUGCCUUAGCAGAAGAGCUAUCUCUGGUACAAAAUCCUUUUGAGGCCACUUUAGCGGUACUCUUCGAAGAUGAAAGAGUAAGACGUGGUUCAUUUACCAAAAAAUGUAUUCCGUUGCUGGUGAAUCUUUUGAAGCCAUAUGCAGAUAAAGCUGGAGCCAUUCCAGUGGCUGUUCGGCUUCUUAGUCGUAUUGCAGAGUGUGGUGAUUCAAGUAAAUUACAUAUUGCUGAUGCUGGAGCUCUGGAUACUUUAGCGAAGUACCUUUCUUUGAGUCCUCAAGAUUCGACUGAGAUCAUUGUUUCUGAACUGUUAGAAUCACUCUUCCGCAGCCCAGAAAUCACACGGCACAAAACAGCUAUAAGUUCCAUGAAGCAGCUCAUAGGAAUUCUUAAUCUUGCUUCUCGAAGUACCCGCUACAAUGCUGCAAGGGUGCUCUGUGAACUUUUUAGCUCAGAGCACAUCAGAGAUUCCGAAUUAGCAUGGAAAGCACUUUCCCCUCUUAUUGAAAUGUUGAAUACAACAUUGGAGAGUGAGAGAGUGGCUGCUCUAACAGCUUUAGUGAAGCUAACUAUGGGAACAAGUCCAAGGUCAGAUAUUCUUACUAGUCUUGAAGGAAACCCAUUGGACAACAUUUACAAAAUUUUAUUUUCAGAUAGUUCCUCACUUGAAUUAAAGACAAGUGCUGCGAGGAUAUGUCGCUUUCUAUUCACCAGCGAAUGUUUGAGAACAAGCUCGUCCGCCGCAGGUUGCAUGGUUCCCCUUAUAUCUCUUGUCCGGUCAGGAACAAGCACAGGUAUAGAAGCCGGAAUGUUUGCACUUGACAGACUCUUGGAUAUCAAAAGAUUCUCAGAGGUCGCCGAAGAAUAUGAUUGUGUGAAUCUGUUCUUCGGCUUUGUGGCUUCCGAAAACUAUCUAAUCAGUGAGGCUGCAAUUUAUUGUCUUAUGAAAAUGGCUAAAGACAACACUCCCCGUAAAAUGGAUCUGAUUAAAAUGGGGAUAAUCGAGAAAUGCCUUGGUCAACUCUCCAGAUCUCCUCCAAGUUCUUUGUGUUCUGUAAUCGCAGAGUUUUUCAGAGUUUUGACGAACGUUGGUGUUGUAGCUAGAAGCCAAGAGGCUAUAAAAAUGGUACAACCGCUUCUCUUAAUUUUGCUUAGACAAGACUUGGAUUUUCAAGGCCAACUCGGUGGUUUACAAGCUAUAGCAAACAUCUUGGAGAAGCCAAUGGUUCUUGAAUCAUUAAAAAUUGCAUCAUCCGCAAUUAUUAUGCCUUUGAUACCACUGCUUGAAUCUGAAUCUAUAGCGGUCCAAAAUGCAACCACAGAACUACUGACCUCUCUACUCGAAAUGCAACGUUUCCAAGAAGAGAUAACGACCAAAAAUCUCAUCCCUCCUCUUGUGAAACUUGUCGGGAUCAGGGUAAGAAACUUACAAGAGAUAGCAGUGAUGGGUUUAGAGAAAUCCUCAGUUACAUGGACAAAGGAGGUAGCAGAUGCCGGAGGAAUUCAAGAGCUGUCCAAGGUUAUUAUCGACGAAGAUCCUCUGCUUCCUGUAUAUCUAUGGGAAUCAGCAGCUUUCAUUCUCUGCAACAUUCUCAGAUUCAACCCAGAACACUAUUACUUUUCAGUGACUAUACCAGUUUUAUCAAAAAUGUUGUUCUCAACAGCUGAGAGCACAGUGAUCUUAGCCAUCGACACAUUGAUCAUCUGUGCAAAUCAAGAAUCCUCAAGUGUUCAAGAGAUGGCAGAAGCCGGUGCACUCGACGCAUUACUAGAUCUACUAAGAUCCCACCAUUGCGAAGAACUCUCCGCAAGAUUACUCGAAUUAAUACUACGCAAUCCAAAAGUUAGAGAGACAAAGAUAUGCCAGUUUGUACUAACCCCUUUAUCUGAGUACAUACUUGACCCAGACACAGUAUCAGAAUCCGCAAAAAUUCUCAUAGCAAUGGCUCUAGGUGACAUCUCUCAACACGAAGGACUCGCUAAAGCCACAGACUCGCCCGUGGCAUGUCGUGCGUUAAUCAGCUUGCUCGAGGAGGAACCGAGCGAGGAAAUGCAAAUGGUUGUGAUGCGUGCUUUGGGAAACUUCGCAAUGCAUAGUAGAACAAGUCGUAAAGCUAUGGCUGAAGCUGGUGGAGUAUAUUGGGUUCAAGAAAUGCUUAAAUCUUGUAAUCCACAAGUUUCUACACAAGCAGCUCUAAUUAUCAAAUCUCUCUUCUCUAAUCAUACACUUCAAGAAUACGUCUCCGGCGAAAUCAUCAAAUCUCUAACAAAUGCGAUGGAGAGAGAGUUUUGGACAACGGCGGCGAUGAACGUGGAAAUAGUAAGAACGCUAAACGCGAUUCUCACAACGUUUCCCAAACUCCGUUCGUCGGAAGCGGCUACCGCUUGUAUCCCUCACUUAAUCGGAGCUCUGAAAUCCGGCGAGCAAGAAGCGAGAGAUUCGGCGAUGGAUACGAUAUACACGUUACGACAGUCGUGGAUAACUAUGCCGACGGAGACGGCGAGAUCUCAAGCAGUUUUAGCGGCGGAGGCGAUUCCGGUUUUGCAAUUGAUGAUGAAAUCGAAAUCGAAAUCUCCAGCUCCGUCGAGCUUCCAUGAGAGAGGUAACAGUCUCUUGAAUUGUUUGCCGGGAAGUCUCACGGUGGCGAUUAAACGCGGUGAUAAUCUGAAACGGUCUAACGCGUUUUGCAGAUUAAUCAUCGAUAAUUGUCCCACAAAGAAAACCAAGGUUGUGAAACGAAGCAGCUCACCGGUUUGGAAAGAAUCAUUUACAUGGGACUUUGCUAGUCCUCCAAGAGGACAGUUUCUUGAAAUCGUCUGCAAAUCUAACAACAUCUUUCGAAACAAAAAUCUUGGUAAAGUGAGGAUACCAAUUGACAAAGUAUUGACAGAAGGAAGUUACAGUGGAAUUUUCAAGCUAAAUGAUGAAAGCAAGAAAGAUGACUCGUCUGAUAGAAGUCUAGAAAUUGAGAUUGUUUGGUCUAAUCAGUCAUUUUAAUUAAUCCAUAAAGCGCUAAUGAUCAUCUUUCUUACUGUAAAAAAUGUUUUAUUAUAUGGUCUUAAAUUGUUUAUAUGUAAAUUCUAAACUUUAAAGAGUUAUUAUAGUUGUGAUGGUGUCAUGU